AUUGUUUCUCGCUGUUGCUGAGCUUCAGGUCUCUCUACUGUUCUGUGUCGUCAGCGUGUGUGGCUUCAUGACCUGAAGGUGUUGAGAGAUCCAUAGCUAAGAUGCCAGGACCCCCUGAAAGCCUAGAAAUGGGGCCGUUGACAUUUAGGGAUGUGGCCAUAGAAUUCUCUCUGGAGGAGUGGCAAUGCCUGGACACUGCUCAGCAAGAUUUGUAUAGGAAAGUGAUGUUAGAGAACUACAGAAACCUGGUCUUGGCAGGUAUUGAUGUCUCUAAGCCAAAUCUGAUCACCUGUCUGGAGCAAGGAAAAGAUCCCUGGAAUAUGAAGAGACACAGUAUGGUAGUGAAACCCCCAGUUAUAUGUUCUCAUUUUGCUGAAGACCUUUGCCCAGGGCCAGGCAUUAAAGAUUCUUUUCAAAAAGUGAUACUGAGAGAAUAUGUAAAAUGUGGACACAAGGAUUUACAGUUAAGAAAAGGCUGUAAAAGUGUGAAUGAGUGUAAUGUGCACAAAGAAGGUUAUAAUGAACUAAACCUGUGUUUGACAACUACCCAGAGAAAAAUAUUUCAAUGUGAUAAAUAUGUGAAAGUCUUCCACAAAUUUUUAAAUUCAAAUAGACAUAACACAAAACAUACUAGAAAGAAACCUUUCAAAUGUAAAAAAUGUGGCAAAUCAUUUUGCCUGCUUUUACACCUACGUCAGCAUAAAAGAAUUCAUAUUAGAGAGAAUUCUUACCAAUGUGAAGAAUGUGGCAAAGCGUUUAUCUGGUUCUCAACCCUUACUAGACACAGGAGGGUUCAUACUGGAAAGAAAUCCUACAAAUACGAAGAAUGUGGCAAAGCUUUUAACCAGGACUCAAACCUUUCUACACAUAAGAGAAUUCAUACUAGACAGAAAUCCUACAAAUGUGAAGAAUGUGGCAUAGCUUUCUACCAAUUCUCACACCUUACUAGGCAUAAGUUAAUUCAUACUGGAGAGAAACCCUACAAAUGUGAAGAAUGUGGCAAAGCUUUUAACCGAUCUUCAACCCUUACUAGACAUAAGAUAAUUCAUACUGGAGAAAAACCCUAUAAAUGUGAAGAAUGUGGCAAAGCCUUUAGUGUUUUCUCAACCCUUACUAAACAUAAGAUAAUUCAUACUGAAGAGAAACCCCACAGAUGUGAAGAAUAUGGCAAAGUUUAUAAGGAGUCCUCACACCUUACUACACAUAAAAUAAUUCAUACUGGAGAAAAGCCCUACAAAUGUGAAGAAUGUGGCAAAGCUUUUAAUCGGUCCUCACACCUUACUACACAUAAGAGAAUUCAUACUGGACAGAAACCCUACAAAUGUAAAGAAUGUGGCAAAUCCUUUAGUGAAUUCUCAACACUUACUAAACAUAAGAUAAUUCAUACUGAAGAGAAACCCUACAAAUGUGAAGAAUGUGGCAAAGCUUUUAACCGAUCUUCAAUCCUUAGUAUACAUAAGAAAACUCAUACUGGAGAAAAACCCUACAAAUGUGAAGAAUGUGGCAAAGCUUUUAAGCAGUCCUCACACCUCGCUGGGCAUAAGCAUGUUCAUGGUGGACAGAAACCCUACAAAUGUGAAUCAUGUGGCAAAGCCUUUAGUAUAUUCUCAACCCUUACUAAACAUAAGAUAAUUCAUACUGAAGAGAAACCCUACAAAUGUGAAGAAUGUGGCAAAACUUUCUACCGAUUCUCAAACCUUAAUACGCAUAAGAUAAUUCAUACUGGAAAGAAACCCUGCAAAUGUGAAGAAUGUGGCAAAGCUUUCAACCAUUCCUCAAACCUUACUAAACAUAAACUAAUUCAUACUGGAGACAAACCCUACAAAUGUGAACAAUGUGGCAAAGCUUUUAGGCGGUCUUCACAUCUUAGUAGACAUAAGAUAAUUCAUAUUGGAAUUCAUACUGAAGAGAUUAUACAAAUGUGAAGAAUGUGGCAAAAGCCUCUUCCCUUACUAAAGAAUGUGGCAAAGCUUUUAAUCAGAACUUCACCCUUACUACACAUAAGAUAAUUCAUGCUGGAGAGAAACCCUACAAAUGUGAAGAAUGUGGCAAAGAUUUCUAUUGAUUCUUAUACGUUACUAAAUAUAAUUCAUAUUGGAGAGAAAUUCUACAGAUGUGAAGAAUGUGGCAAAGGCUUUAAUUAGUUCUCAUCCCUUACUAAACAUAAGAGAACUCAUACCAUAGAGAAAUCCUACAAAUGUGAAGAAUGUGACAAAGCUUUUAACCACUUCUCAACCCCGCCUACGUAUAAGAUAAUUCAUGCUGGAAGGAAACCCUACAAAUAUGAAGAAUGUCUCAAAGCUUUUUACUGAUUCUUAUACCUUACUAA